AUAAACGUUGCGAAAAAUAUUGUUAAAUUCUUGUUAAAUAGAUUGAUUUGAGAAGUUUCAAGCAGUUAUAAAGGCGGAUUAAACUAUGUUUGUUGAAAAGUGAAGAUAAUAUUAUACAGUUUCGUUAGAAAAGACAUACACAAUGCGUAUCAUCUCAAUCCGUGGCGACGGGAACUGCCUGUUCCGCUCAAUCGCUUACUGCGUCUACCACAACCAAGAGAGACAUCGAGAAAUCCGCAUGAAAGUCAUAGACACCGUCGUCAAAAACUGGUACAGAUACAAGGACUUCAUUAUAGGAGACCGUUCCUACGGCAGCGGGAUAGAAACAGCUGAAGAUUACUACAGACUGAUGGCGAGAGACGGAGAAUACGCAGGGCACGUGGAACUUCAUUCUGCCAGUGAGAUAUUUAGAGACUACACGUUUAAGGUGCAUAGAAAUGGGUGCAAUAGGACCAUAGAUUAUGGACACGGCCCUGUCGAGAAGCAUCUGCUGUUUUCGGGGUAUUUUGACGCGGGACAUUACAGUGUUUUGGAAUUUUAGUUGUU